AUGUUCACUCAACGGCGGAUUCGCCUCCUUGCGGUCACCGCGGUGGUUGCGAUCCUAUUAUACCUGCACUACUCGGGCGAAAACCGAAGUCCUCGAAAUCAAAAGUUCUACCAGUCGACCGUAGCCGCAAUAGAAGCGGAGAAGCACGCGAAUGUCGGGACCGCCAAGGCGGGGAAUUACCUACCACAUACGAAUGAUAAAGAGGAAUCCGACUCGAAGCCAGGGGAGGAGUAUAGCUAUGUUGAUAACGAUGAUGACAAGGAGCAGCCCGCGAUCCCAAAGGCGCAGCCGCGGCCACCACCAGCACCGCCGUCACAGCCAGAGACGGAGCAGCGGCAAGCUAAGAUUCCUGAAGAUAGUGAUGUUGAGGAGAUUCCUAUUGCCGGGCGGACGACCAUGACUGUGACCAAGGAUAAAGAUUCGGAUACAGCCCAGGCUGCGUCUGUGAUGGAAGACGAGGAGAGUGAGGAAGAAAAGAAGCAGAAGAAGCAGCAAGAGGAAGAGGCGAAGGAGGUGAAGGCUGAGCUGAAUGGGAUAUUGAAAAGGUCACCCAUCAUUAUAUUCUCCAAAUCGUUCUGCCCAUACAGCAAAAAGGCCAAGACUGUCCUGCUUGAUAAGUACACAAUUGUACCCAAACCAUUCGUGGUGGAACUUGACCAGCACCCACGGGGACGCCAACUACAGGCGCUACUAGGGGAGAAUACCGGCCGGCGGACUGUCCCAAAUGUCCUAGUCAAUGGAAGGAGCAUUGGUGGAGGAGAUGACAUUGUAGGCCUGGACGAACACGACGAACUAGCCACGAGACUGAAGAGUCUAGGCGGCAAGUGGCUCCAAGAUAUCAAGCGGAAUUUGGUCGAAGAAGGCAGUGAGUGA